UCUUUGAUUCAUAAAGGUCAGCAAUAACAUGAUGCUGAGUCCUCUCGUCACUGGCUGGUGGCUGAAUGCUGUACGCAUACGGUUGGCUCUAAAUAACACAUGUAUCAUCCGAAUUACACCAAACUGAAUGUCAAUGACCUUUGUUAACCUCUAAACAGGCCAAUAGGAUUAUAUUGGAAUUCGAGUACGCCCCCAACAUUCAUGUUUUCCUGAUAAACAAACCAGUCCAAUUUUUUGUGCGUCAUCAGGAAGUACUGCUGAACACUGGUGUGGUGCAUUAAUGACACCUCUUAAGCCCCGCCCACUCAUAUUAUUUGGUGUCUCCUCCAGCACCGCAGUGGAUGAAUAACAUUUAAAAUGCAUCCACUAACUCUUGAUAACAACCUUGAUAACCACUCGACAUGUUAAAAAUCCUACAGGAAGUUCUCGCCAUAAAUCAGGAAGUGAUAAUAACUCCUGUCUUGGUUUCCAUCCUAACUUUAAAGACCUGCUGCUGGACUCGUACUGACCUGGAAUGAAGGCUGUUUUGAAGCUCAGAUCUGAAAUAAAAGCUGGAAACACAGACAGACAGAAACCAACGUCUUCCUUUCGGAGCCUCUUGUUGAACAUGGACCAGACCCUGAUGGUGCUCCUGCUGUGGCUGUGCUGUUCAAGUAGCUGAUUAAACAGCAACAUUAAACAAUGUUUGGCUCAGUUCAGCAAAGUCAUGCAAGAAAUAUCAUCCAAAGUUCAGCCUCUGUCUGCAGCUGCUUUCCCUUUUUUUGAAGGCAGAGUCUUCUGUUGUUGCUAAUGAGAUGUGUUGUGCUGAAAUGUACUGAGAUAGGAGAGAUAAAUGACCAGAAAAGGAAAAUCUCACUGUGGUUCAGAUCCUGAUCGUCUCAUCUCUGAUUCUCCUUCCUGACAUUUGUCCCAGGUGUUCAUGCAGAUGAAACCCGCAGCCUGAAAGAGUCCAUCAGGUUGGUGGGAGGAUCCAGACGCUGUGACGGUCAAUGGGAGUUGAAUCUGGGAGAAUGGAGACCAGUUGAAAUCGAAGGUUUUAAUUAUGACCUGAAAGAAGCUUCAAUUAUCUGCAGACAGCUGGACUGUGGCUCAGCUGUUUCAGCUAGAGAUCAUGAGCCUUCAUCUUUAAUCCCUGUAUGGAUGAUCACCUCAGAGUGUCUUCUGUCUGGAUCUGAUCUCAAGGACUGUGCAAAAAAAGAAAAAAGUUUUGGUUCUGCAUGGUUCACCUGCUCAGAGUCUGUCAAAUUGGUGAAUGGGGGAGAUGGCUGUUCAGGCAGACUGGAGGUGAAGGUCUCCCAGUCUGACCAGUCUAACCAGAGCUGGUCUUCAGUGUGUGAAGCUGACUUUGACCACCAGGAAGCAGAGGUGGUGUGUAGGGAGUUUCACUGUGGGUCUCCUACAGUCCUAACGGGAGGGCUCUAUGGAGAGGUGGAGGCUCCAACAUGGACGCCACAGUUCCAGUGUGGAGGAAAUGAGUCUUCUCUCCUGGACUGUAGAAGGUCCGACUCAGCCAGAAACUCCUGCUCACCUGGAAAAGCUGUUGGACUCACCUGCUCAGAACCGUUGAGGUUGGUGGAGGGACCCAGGCGUUGUGAAGGUAGACUCCAGAUAAAACAGGAGGGAAAAUGGCGACUGGGAACGCUUUCGGAACACAAUGAGUGGACCCCGAACCACACAGAGAUUAUCUGCAAAUGGCUGGGCUGUGGCUCUGCUGUUUCAAUGGAAAGAAACACAGAGACAUCCCAGCAAGAAAUGUCUCUGAUCUAUAAUCGCUGCAUUAAGCGAGUAUCUUCUGUCAGGGAAUGUCGGUUUUUUAAAGUAUUUUCAACUGAAACCGUCAAACUCAACUGUUUAGAACCAAGAGUGGAACCAGAAAGAACCACAGAUGGGAACCUUCGUCUCACAGUGUUUACACCAGUUUUUAUCUUCUGUCUGGUUCUCCUGCUGCUGUACUGAGUGUCACCUUCCUCACCUACCAGCCCACCAGGUGGCAGCAGUCAGGCCAGUGAGCUGAAGAUGCAGCAACGAUGGACGAGUUCUGCUGAUGGAGAUGUUCGCUUCACCCUGACCUCAGAGGAAAUGUUCAGUUUCCUGAACUCCUCACCUCAGUCGUAACACAUAUGGCUGCUUAUUAAAUCAAUUACAUUUAGUUUUUCACCUAUAAAAAAUAUUUUCCUGUGCAAGUGGCAGUAAUAUGAGCUUCGAUCUUUCUACAUGUUAUGAUGUUAUUCCUUUCCUUGAUACAUUCAUGCAUGUUAGAUUAAUCCUUUAAUCUCCAUGGCAACCAUUCAGCUGCAAAACCGUGCGGUACCAGCCGCUCUGCGGUACCGCUUCUCUUCAUCUACGUUUUUCCCUUGGUGCUUUAUAUUGUGUGAAUCUGAUGUUGAUUUUCACCGUCAUGCUGAUGAAACCCAGCGCUACAUCACCACUAAUCCCUUGUCCAUUCUUCCACCCAUGACCUUCUCUGACUCCACCUCUGAAAUAAAAACCUGGUUCACCCUAAAUAUCCUUAAACUAAACGGCACCAAAACUGUCAUCGUCUCUGCGAUUCAUUAUCAUCCCAACCAGUGGUGGAGAAAGUACUCAGAAAAUGUACUUAAGUAAAAGUAAAACUACCACAUUAGCAUUUGUACUUAAAG